UGUUUUUGACACAGAGGACAUAAAAAGUGACAGAGCUCUUGCAUCAGAAGUUGCAAAUACCCAGUGAUUCUGGAAAUAAACAUGUACUCAUUGGAGGGAUCAGAUUGGGCUUAUCUUCCAAAACACUUAUUGGAUUUGAUUAUGCACAAAUUGGUUUCGAUUUCCGAUUGUGUUCGCUUUGGUGCAGUUUGCAAACCAUGGCUAUCUAUGGCAAUGGAGAACAAGGUUAAAUUCUUUGAAAAUAAAUGGUGCAGACAAGUUCCAUUUUUGAUGGUCUCUACUGAAGAUAGCAAUGAAAGACGUAGUCUUUACAACAUUAGUCAUAAUAAAUUAUAUGAUUUCGAAUUACGGAUACCGUACAAAAAGAGGUUUUGUGGUUCUUCACAUGGUUGGUUGUUUACUGUUGAAGAAUCAUUCGCCAUAACCCUAAUCAAUCCGUUCUCUAGUGAUACCAUUCAGCUUCCUCCGAUUAUGGACCGUGCUGAAUUUGACCGUGUUGAAGAUCAUGUUGAGUUUGACCCCGAAAUCGAUUAUUAUGACACAACUCUUGGUGAGGUUGAAGAUGAUGUUGAAAGUGAACACGAAAUCGAUUAUUAUGACACAACUCUUGAUGAGGUUGAAGUUGAAUUUGAAGUUAUGAAGGCUACAUUGUCUGCUGACCCUGUUUCAUCUCCUAAUGACUAUAUUGUUAGUGCGAUCUAUAGUGGUUAUAGAAGACUGGCAUUCAUUCAUCCAGGAGAUGACGCUUGGACUUACAUUGAUAAAGAGAGAUUUAACCUCAUCUAUGAUGUUAUAUAUUAUAAAGGCAAUAUUUUUGCAGUUGAUUAUUGGAGUAGAAUCAUAAUGGUUGAUCUUAAUAGAAGGGAUGGGGAGAGUAUGGCUGCUCAAGUGAAGGUAAUUGCACCAAAGACUAAUGUGCGCAAUGAGCGAACGUAUCUUGUCGAAUCAUCUAACGGGGAUUUACUUCUUGUGCAAAGGAUUAUAAAAUAUGAUGAUAAAAAUAGUUGUCAGCAUGAAACUUUAAGGUUUAAGGUUUUCAAGUUGCUCUUAGAACAACUUGAACAGGGUUGGCCUAAGCGGGUUGAAAUGAAGAGUUUGGACGGAGACACCCUAUUUUUGGGAGAUAAUCAUUCAAUUUCUGUUUCAGCUUCCAAAUGGCCGGGUUGCCAGCCAAAUUCCAUAUACUACACUGAUGACUAUAUAGACCUUAACUUUCAUCCUCCAUUUGGUCGUUGUGACAUUGGUAUCUUCAACAUCGAGAAUGAAUGUUUUGGGACGCAUUACACUUUUGAUCCUUCACAUAAGGAUAUGCCACCCUCAAUUUGGAUUGUGCCAACCAUGUUAGGAAACUGACUAUAAAGUUAAUUUUUUUUAUUAUCUUUUGGUUAAAUCUAAAAUGUUUAGUUGUUUUUCAUUUUUAUGUGCUUAUACAAACCUAUUUUUUUCUCGUAUAAAAAUAAUGUUUGUGAGAAUUAUAAGGAAAUAUUGUUUGCUGUUGGUUAUAUCACUUUAUGGUCAUAAAAUAUGACAGAAUCGAAUUCAAUUUUUAUUUUUUAUUUUUAUCUUUUGGUGACCAAGGAAGUACUGGUCUCUUUUUCUCUAUCAGCUCAUGAUUUAAACUAUCAUAUACAGUGCAAUUCAGCUCUCUAACGGUUCCUUCAUCCAAAACUUUGUAAGACCCACAUAUUCGCUCUUGAAAAAGUUAGUUGUAUUAUAUGCUACCGAGGUAUUAAUUCUCAGCCAAUUUGUUGCAAGAAAACUAAAUAGGAUAGUAAAAUAUAUUGGUUAAAUAGGAAUUCUAUAAAUAGACGACUCAAUGGUAGUGAAUGUUCCGGCUAUCAACAAUAUUUCAUUUAAUUAUCAAUUUCUUUUUUAAAUGAUUUUUUUUUUUUUUUUUUUUUUUUUUUUAAUGUCAAGUUCCUUUUAUUAUAAAUAAGGAAAGUUCUAAAAAAUGUUAGAGAAUGUUACAAGUGAAAUUUGUUCCACAUCGAAUUUGGAUGAGGUUCUAGUGUGUAAAUGAGUGAAUAUGCAACACGACCCAACAACUUGAGCUUUUGAGUAAAUGAGAAAGCCCACCGGCUACAUUUAUAUACUCCACUAGUCCAGGGAGUCGCACUGAAUUUCUUUAGGGACAAUUUUAUGGUUUCUGUUUGGUCCAACUAAGAAU